AUGACCAUCAAUCUGCGCGCAUUAUCAACAAGGGCGUCGGGCCUAGUGGACAACAUUCUUGAUCCACAUCAUCAACACCAUGAUGACACGAAACCAGGGACGCACGGGAUGGACCCUUACGAACUUCUUCCAGCUAUUACUUCCUUGUCUAUACAGAAACCAGCCAAUUCUGAAGCAAACCUUGUUAUGGACCUUGCACGAGCCAAACGUGAAGUACUUCGGGCACAGAAGGCACUUGCGGAGUGUUUACUAGGGGAAAAUGAAGUAUUGGCAAGCUUGCUCAGGCUUCGAGUGGAUACCGCAGAGAACACUCUAGAUGAUGCAGACAUGGGCCUGGGGUACAGCAUGGCUGGUCUCAUUGUCCCUUAUCUGCAAAACAAUGUGAAGGUGAUCAGCGCGCCGCUACUACGAGAGAAGUCCCAAACGAUUGCAUUCUCACUAUCCAGCUUGAUUAAUUCGUUUGCCACGGAUGGUCGAGAGUUGGUAUAUUACUAG